AUGGCGGCGCGUGCUUCUUUUCAACUACCACCACCACCACCACCACCACCACCACCACCAAACCCGCCACAGCGCGCCAGCAAGUCACCACAGCUUUCUAACGGCAUAACAAGAGUUAACGGAAGACGACAAAUGGAUGAGCAAGGAGUACAAUUCGGCCUCGCGAUCGAUCGCGACGGCCUCAGGCUCAACGUCGCCGUCGAUGGCCGCAACGGGCACGCAAAAAUCGGCGUCAACGUCGAUACCGACAACAAGGUCGAGAUCGUUGUCAGCGUAGAAGAGCCCGCGACCGGGCGAGUCGACACCGAACCCGUCGUUUCGACCCACGGCGAAAUUCGAGAGCGGGAGGAACAGGUUGUCGCAGUCGAAAAUCGUAUCGAGGACUCGGGGACCGUCGAAGACAGCGACGUUGAGAUGCGCGAUGGGGAGGGGGAUGAUCAGGACGUUGAGAUGAUGGAAUAA